GUUACCCUGUACUAAAAUGGCGGAUCUGUUGACGCAUUCCGUCCAAAACACAACAUUAGGGUAGGCGACAUUUAACGUAUAUCUAUGGACGCUAACUAGUAUUCACGUAUCAUGCUCAACUCUAUAUAUUUUUUUACGCACUUUGAGAGUGUUUGCGUUAUUUCAGAGAGAUAUUUAAGCACAUAUGAAGUAACAGUGCCGUCUGUGUACUAGUUACACAAUGCAGCAUUUAGCUCGCUCGUAAACAUCGCUGCUGUCCUCAGAUCAUUGUCUGAGCAAAAGUUUCAUCAUAAGCCAUGACUGUCAGAUGCUCUUCAUCUCAGGAGCUGUAUUUUUAGAUGCUUGAUAACAGAUAUAAGCGAGAAGAGGCUGAAUCCAAAGCCCGAGAAGAAGCAGAGAAACAGAGGAUCGAACGAGAGAAACACUUCCAGAAGGAGGAGCUGGAACGCUUGGAAAGAAAGAAGCGUCUGGAAGAAAUCAUGAAGAGGACUUGACGCAGGAGCACAGUAAUACAGAAAAAUCCGUCAGAAGCUCUUCAUAGUGGUGCGACAAACCAAUCACCAAUGAGCUCUGUGUCCUGGGACGCAGCACCGGUCAUUAAUGGAGCUCCGCCCACUAAGCAUCAGAAUGGACUGUCCUCCAAUGGAGACGCAGCAGACUUUGAGGAGAUAAUCAAGCUGUCCAAUCACAGUGGGAACAGUGGGCAGAGUCAACCGGCUGACCCAAUCAUGGCCUUCGAGGGAGGAGAACCGUUCAUGAUGAAGGCGUGGCCUAUGAAACCUCAACAUGUGGCAGAGGUGCUGUGAGAGAUGAGAUAUCAGAGUCUUCUGGAUAUGAAGAGAAGAAGAGAAGCCUUACUCUACCACCGCUUCCACCCUGAUGUGUGCCAAACCAACAAAAACAGACUGCUUUAACUUUAGAAACACAGCCAAGCCGGACGCGCUCUGGAGAAAGUGCCAGAUGACGACCUUAAAGAGACACUUAUAUACAUAUACAACAUUUGCAAAAAGUCUCUGUCUAUUUCAGUGUGUGUGUCAUGGUGCAACAUUUGUUGAGUUUCUUUAACAAGUCACCUGCCGAUCAUGUGGUGCACCUUAAAAGAGUCGCUAUAUAUUGAAUUUUAGAAAAGACAACUUGGCUUAUCUUUAUGAUAUGAAUUAUUGUUGUUGUUGUUGCUCUUGUUAUGAUGUAUUGUUAUCGUUCUUUUAAGUAGAGAAAAAAAGCAAACGUGUGUCUUGAACUAUUGCGUUAUUUAACGUGUGGCGCAUCAGAAGAGGCCGAUAUUCUGUAUGUUAAUGUAUAUUUGCCUGAUUAUGACAGACCUGUGGAAUAAAUCUUUAUGAAAGGG